ACAAUACCCAGAACCKAUUAGGGCAACAUAUACUACGCAAUCACGUUGUCGAGGAUUUAAAAGUGGAACAGGACAGUACACAUCAGUCUUGGCACCCUUGUCCUAUGGUUUGAGUAGAGCAGCCCUGACUGAGAUGAACUGGGACAACCAGCUGAGCUCCAUCCUCUCAGCAGCUGAUGGCAGCGUUGCCAAGAUGAGGGAGAGACUGACCACGCCAGGGAAUUAUCCAAAAGGAAGAGAAGUAGAUCUCUAUCCAGUCAGGGAGGUGGCUAGUGUGUCAAAUUUGGAGCUCCCUCGUCUCCCCCCUCUCCCCGAGUCCUCCAUCUCUCUCCUCCCCCCUCCCUCCUCCGCUGUGCAGUGGGKAGACCUGGCAGCCGUCCAAUCACAACUGCAGAUCCAGAGCCAGGCCAUAGAGUCUCUGACCCAAAGUCUUCAUGACAUGGACAGAGCGAGACACUCUCAGCAGCGCCACAUACAGGCACUACAAGAUGUGUUAUUCUUUUAUCUCUCAGACGAGGUUCGCAGGCUGCGAGAGCAGACGACGGAGAGGGAGAGAGAGCGGGAACGAGAAAGGGAUGGAGAGAGGAGAGGGUCAGGGAUGACGAGUCCAGAAGUGGAGAGAAGGAUGGAGCAGUGGAGGAGAGAGGUGGGCCGUGAGCUCAGCACUCUGAGAAGGCACAUCACCAGAGCCACGUCGCAAGGCAACCUGGAGGAGAGUUUCUGCUCUAAGCUGCGAAGGGAGGAGUUGGAUCAUUUGAGGAGAGAGGUGGACACACUCAAAACCCAGCUCAGGAGGCAGGAGGAGGACAUGUUUCUUCAGCAGUCGGAGGCCAGAGAGACGAGGAGGCAGUAUGAACACAGCUGCAAGACACAAGAGGAACUAACAGACAGCUACAGAAACCACAGCUUUGACCUGGCCAAGACUGUUUCUCAAUACACACACACAGAGCAGGAGGUCCGCCAGAUCAGGAUAACUGUAUCAGAGUUGAAGGACGAGAUCAGGAGUCUGAUUCUCCGGGAGAGACAUCACACACCUACUGUUACACUACACACAGCAGUUCCAGCAUUAGCUGCCUUCUCCCGCCGUAAAGAGGUCAGGGGUCAAAAGGCGGAGCCAGACUCGGACUCUGACGACUUCAGUCCCACCCCCAGUCUGGCUGAGGUCAGCUCUGAUGACCUGUCCUGGCUGGAUGAUAGAGACACAGCUCCUCGUCUAGCAGUACCUCGGGUACAUCAGAGCUCCCAUUCUGCAGGAAAUGACCUCAGAGGACCAGGAAGUGGCCUGGACGAUGAUGAUCUUGAUGAUGAUGAUGGAAACCUGGAGUUGGGGUCAGACAGCCCCCCCGACCUCAGCCUCAAUGACCUUUGAGAGGCUUCGUCAUGCCAGUGUUUUAGUGUGCUAGGAGUUCUUUCUUUGAGAAGUUUUAAAUGUCUCCACAUGUGGAGACUGAUAAAGAAGUUUUUGGGCACAAACCUCAAACUCUGACUAAAGAGGAUGAUGAGAAAGCUCAACUCAGCUUGAGAAAAAGAAAGCACCUUAUUUUAAAAACUCCUUUGUGAUUAUGCUCUGUCUGUUGUCUUGUGUCAGUGUUUUUUGGGAAAAGGUGUACAAUAGUAUUUUCUAUUACACACCAGUAGUAUUUAACUCAACAGUGUGGCAGCAUUCUGUGAUUGCCUUAAUGAAUUACAUCUGGGGAAAGCUUUGAUUUCACUGACGAUAUACAACUUGAUGAUCACUGGUGUUUUGAGUCUAAGACUAUUAGUAAAACCUAAUUAAUAAAUAGGGUGGACUGAUGUUUACUUUUACUAUCUAAGGCUGAUACAAAUCAGUGAGGUGCUCUCUCUUAUUUGGUWCUGUAUUUUUAUCUAUUUACUGUAAAGUAUUGAGAUGCAGCCCAGGCCUCUCUUCUCUCUCGCCUUUGGACCACAGACAAGUCCUGCUGUGUAACACGAGUCAGUCUGUUUAAUAUUUCAGCAGUUAGAGACUGUCUAGCCAGAUAACAACACCCCCCCCCCCACGAAGUGGAAUGGCCCAUGGAGCGAGGGACCACAGAUGGGCUAGGGAGAAGAGGGGGGGUUAAUGGAGGGGGCAAUGGGGAAGGGGUGAGACAGGGAGGGGCUCUGGCCAUAGUGAUGACAAGUUUUAAUGUGGAUGAUUCAGGGCUUUCUCUUACAGUUCUAUCACACAGCCAAGUACUAGACCGCUGCUUGUUUAAAUGUUACAUUGACUCACUGUACGGCCUGUAAAACAAAUGUGAUGAUUUUGGGCUUCUGCAAUAAAAUUCUGGAUAAAGAGCUGUAAUAAAAUAGUUAAUUUGUUGUA